GCACGAAGACGUGGGGACGCAGGCAAGUUGUAGAGAGCGUUUGGCUGUCUAUAGCUCUCCAAACUCCUAAAACUUGACCGUAUUUUUCCAUCACUGGGUUGUUUUCCUGAUAUUUAACCAUGCAGCGGAGAUCAAGAGGGAUUAAUACUGGGCUUAUUCUGCUCCUUGCUCAGAUCUUCAAUGUUGGGAUCAACAAUAUUCCACCUGUCACCCUAGCAACUUUGGCACUUAAUACCUGGCUCUUCUUGAAUCCUGUGAAGCCCCUGUAUGACUCCUGCAUUAGUGUGGAGAAGUGUUACCAGCAAAAAGACUGGCAGCGUUUACUGCUUUCCCCUUUUCACCAUGUAGACGAUUGGCAUCUGUAUUUCAAUAUGGCAUCCAUGCUGUGGAAAGGAAUCAACCUGGAAAGAAGACUGGGAAGCAGAUGGUUUGCCUAUGUCAUCACCACAUUCUCCCUGCUCACUGGGGUGGUGUACCUGCUUUUGGAACUUUCUCUUGCAGCAUUUUUGGAUGAACCUGAUUUCCAAAGGAACUGUGCUGUAGGCUUCUCAGGAGUUUUAUUUGCUUUGAAAGUUCUUAAUAACCAUUACUGUCCUGGAAGCUUUGUCAACGUUUUGGGCUUUCCCGUACCCAACAGAUAUGCCUGCUGGGCAGAACUUGUGGCUAUUCAUUUCUUCGCGCCAGGGACUUCCUUCGCUGGGCAUCUGGCCGGGAUUCUUGUUGGACUAAUGUACACUCAAGGGCCCCUGAAGAAAAUAAUGGAAACAUGUGCAGGCAUUUUUUCCUCCGGUAUUGGUUACCCAAGGCAGCAAGACUACUUCAAUAAUUCAGGCAACUCUGGAUAUCGGGAUCAUUAUCCGCCUGGCAGGCCAGGCUACCCUGGAUAUCAGGAUCAUUAUCCGCAUGGCAGGCCAGGCUACUAUGAAGAAGCACCCAGGAACUAUGAUGCAUACACAGCGGGGCUGAGUGAAGAGGAGCAGCUGGAGAGAGCAUUAAGAGCCAGCCUCUGGGACCAAGGAAAUACCAGCAAUAACCCACCACUCUGUGAGUUUGGCCUCUCACCAGAAGAAGAAAUGAGGAGAUGCCGGCUUCGCAGAUUUGACGGCCAGUGAAGUGGCCCAACAACUUUGAGAAAACAUGGUCCAGUUGUGCAGUGAUUACCCAUUCUGUUCAUUCCCCCAGACUCCUUAUUAGUUUUAAGCAAAAGCAGAGUACACCGUUAAUUCCCAGAUGGCUGACAUCUGCCUUGAACCAUGGUCACGUGGCCCAUGUGUCAAAAUAUGAAAGCCAGAGUGACUUGUCUUGAAACCAGAGUUGUCAAAUCCAUCUCCCAACUUUCUGGGUGGGGCCCUUCCCCUGGCUGGGUUCUCUCUCACAGACAGAAUGUCUGCCCUUCAAAGCAGGGACCAGUUUCCACACUCCUCUCUCCUUGUGACUCUCCUGCGACCUUGACCAGGAGGUGGUGUGUUCACCCAUCAGGGCGACCUGUCCUCAGUCAGCCUGGUGUGGCCCAUGUUUGGCUUGGCAGGAGGUGAGGCGUCCUCCCCUGGGCCUCCUGGCAUGUUGCCACGGUGACCUUCUAAGAACAGGACGUGGCUACCUUAGCAGUAUGUUCCCUUCUGUCUUGCCCAGAUGCCUUGGCUCAUCAGGCCCCGAUGUCUGGGUGAUGUUUACAGUAUACUUGCUUUGCUUUUAUAUUUCUCUGCCAUUAUAGAAUGUCUUAUUAAAAACGCUGAAGGCCUAAGAUGAGGACGAACCUCCACCAGUCCACUCCACAUCAGGCAGCACCACGGAGUGGGCUCACUGCGCCUCUUAGAGGCAGUGUGUGUACCUGGGGGACGUGACUUGUUAACUAGUCAGUAAGGCAACAACAGGUACCACAAACUGUCAUUGAGUUGGUCACUCAGUCCUUCUCAGUCCUUGGGUUGGUCACUGAGAAAUCCUUCUUGCUGGAAGCAUUUUUUUUUCCUCUCAUAAAAGUGCCUUUUAUUGGGCCACUUUAACAGCUCACCCGUCCAGCCCAAGCGUCCAAAUGCACUCCUGGCUCCUGCCAUGUCUUACUCCACAGGUGUCUGUCAGAGUCAGGUAUUCCUGGUGCUUGUGUUUCAUGAAUACAGGGACAAAGUCAAACGUCACUGAUGUCUCAGUGUCACUGAGACACGUAUUUUUUAAAGAGAAUUGGAAGCAGAAAAGGAUCUUCCUAUUCUGAUUUUAUAUAUAGUUUUUUGAUGAUGAAAGUAAUAUAUAUACCUUAUAUGUGCAGAAAGCAAACAUCUAGAAGGAAAUAUAUCCAGAUGUUAACAGAGGUUGUCUCUGGAGGUGGGGUACAUGGGAUUUUUGCUUUGUUUUUAUAGUUCCGUCAUGCUGUAUUUUUAAAAUGUGUGUAUGUUUAUUACUUUUGCAGUCAGGAAAACUGGUUUAUAUAAUAAGAAAUACAUGAUCAGGAAAACUGAUUUAAUAAUAAGUAUGCGUGUCCUUGAGAAAAUUCACAAUAUAAACAAAUACAAAUACAUACAUCAUUUGAAAUCACCUGCAUUCCCACCACCUAAGAGGUACCCAGGGUUAACAUUUUGGGUGGAUUGCUGUCUGGGUUUUUCUUUGUACACAGCUGACAAAUUUGGAGCAUACUGACUCUGCAGUUUUGUAUCGAUUUCCUAAUCUGAAUCCUGAUCUGAAGGCUUUGACAUGUGCAUGUAAGUGAGCUAACCCCUGGAGUCUUGGGAGCCCCUUGACCUGGCCAGCCGGCACGACUGUGUGAUACCUGAGCCCCUUGGAUUAACUUAUAAUUGAUGUGAAACCACAGGCUGCUUAUCACAUGAUUGUACCUUUGAGUUUGGUGGUUUUAAAUGUGUUCAAAUUAAAAUGUUCAAGCUAAAUGUCAUUCCUCCUGCCCAAACUCUAUGAAUUGGACUCCCAUUAUCCAGUUAGAAGAACUGCUGACAUGCCAUCUUUUCACAGCACAUGGUCAUUCUAUUGUAACACUUAAUACCCUGCCUGUAUUAUUUGUGUACAACCACACAUGGGGUUGCCAUGAGUCAGGGAGACUCGACGGCAGUAACGCCACCACGAAGACGUGCCUUCUGCCCUGGAAGGAGAGACGGAGAAUGGCUCUGGGAUGAGGCCAUGUUGUUUCUUUCUACCCCCACCCCACCCAGAGGUGGCUCAUGGUGGGGCCUCAUUAAAUGUUUCCCACCAAAGUGUUUUUUUGAGUUGCAUUUAAAGCCCAAUCACUGUAUAUGGAUUUUUUUAAAUAUAGCUGUUGAUAUAGCUAUACAGAGGUCAAUAAUAGUACCUUCUUGUUCUGUUUGACUAGUCAGAUGUGCAGACACAGGAAUUGAAUAUUGGAUGCUGUAUUACUAUAAUACACGUGCCUUUAUUCAUUGAGUGGAGCAUCAGUGAACUUUGAGAUGUGGGAAAGGUCAUUAGUUAUAGACCAAUUAUUUUAGCACAACAGUAAAAAUGUUGUGGAAAUUAUAAUUAGUUCAGUUAGUAGGCUUGCCUGUAACCAGUGCUUUUAAUUUUCAGUGUCCACUUUACUCUUCUCUGUAAUAGGAAUCCCCAAAGUUACGCCAGCAAAUUGGGAGAGGGUUGAGAGAACCAACCAAAAGCAAGUGUAUCAGACUGAUGAUCUCUAACAGGGAAUAAGCACUUAGAGCUAGUUUUUUGGUUUAGUCUCUUGGUUUGACAGUAAUUUUCCAGAUUGUUUGGCAUCCAGCUCCCAGAGUCAGGUUGUGGUCAGUCAACUCACGAGGGCUCUUAAUAGAGGAUCUUUUUUUGAUUCUUAGGGUAAGACAGUUAAAAUUACUUCAUCUUAAGACUUUGAAUGCAUGGCAUGUGAUUCCAAAGUUGUAUGUAAUUUUCCAGAUCUCCUCUGUCCUUUUAAAUUGCUGUUAGCGAAGCUCAAAGUAAACAGUAAAUAACUGGUUUUAGUUGAUCUGGGGCCAGUCCACAUAUUUGGCAUGUGUUCUGCCUGGGGGCUGAGUAGGCUAAAGGGAUGAGCCCCCCUCCCCAUCCGAUGGACACAGGGGUUGUAGCUGACCUGGCUGCCUUGUUCCCAGUCUUGGUUUCUCUUGAGAGAUUCAGUAUUCAAUGAGGAAUUGUAUUCAGUUAUUAAAAAACCUGUCGUUUCUUCCUUUGCUUUUCCAUAGGUAACUGUAGGCAUUUUCCCCCCUUAGUCUGUGAUUUUAGAAUCACAGACUCAGCUUGCUGUCGUUAGGUGCCGUUGAGUCGAUUUUGACUCAUAGCGACGACAUGUGACAGUAGAACUGCCCCAGAGGGUUUUCUAGGCUAUAAUUUUUA